AAUUAUAAAGAAUAAAUUAUAUGAAUAUUAUAUGAGUAACAAUAAAUCAUACAGUUCGAAAAACUACAAUUAAUAGGAACUAAAAUUCAAUUGAACAAUUUUAAUUCAUAUUCAUGAAAAUAAGAAAAAUUAUAAAGGAAGCCUAGAAAUCAAAGAAAAUGAAAGGCGAGUAAAACUGUUAUGCUAACUUCUUACUGAUAAUUUAAAAAAUUCCUGAUUCUCUCAAUUUUUAAAAGAAAUACGUCACUUAUUAAUUGUAAAAAAUAUACUUAAAUUUGGAAUAUCCGUUUCAUCAAUAUGAAUUAUAUUUCAUUAAAAAAAGGAACAAUGACGGUGACGACUUCUUGGUUUUGCGAUUUCACACACCUGCAAACAAUGGCCAUAAGAAAAUUAAUUGAUUACUGGAAAAUAACUUUAACUUAGAGUGAAAAAUAGUUUUCUUAGAAAUAAAUAAGUCCCUGAAAAGAGAUAUUGAAAAUAAAUUAAUCUCCAAAAGCAGUUCCUAUGACUGCUGGUGUAUGCAACAGUAUGUCCCACGACGAAGGAAAAGUGCACACGAGGAUCUUGAGACUGCCCACAGUGGACAGCACACCGGUCAAGCAUCAUCUGAAUCCACCCGCGGUGGUUAUCACUGCGGAUGAUUCAGAUACUAUGAUGGAAAGUCCGAGGCGAAUACCUAUGUCAAAAAGUCUCAUUUUUAGUGACAGGCAUAGGACAGACGUGACUGACUUUAGAACCUUCUCUGCAAAAAAACCUAAUGGAAACAUAUCGCCUAUACUAGAGUCACCUGAAAAUUCGUCGCCAGAAGGUGUGCAGUUGGGGCUUUCUCCUACAACUCCUAAUGAUCAACAGCCAGAUGCUAUGCUGGAUCGCCGUGAUCCCCAGCGCGAAUCUCAGCCAUACGUACAAGUGACCAGACGCACUUGCUUCACAGAGCACAGGAAGCGAAUGUCCUGUGGACUCUUCCUUACUUCAUUCAUAGCCGUUGCUUGGGUUGGAGGGACUCACCUUCUUCGAGCCUUGUAUGUUGAUUACUCUCAGGCCAUGGCAGCCAACGCACUAAAGCUCAACCUGACAGCAAUGAGGAACCUGGAACAUGGAGAGAACAGAGUUGCUGUGCUUUUUCCUCUCUUCAAUGCUCCUUUCUUCACGACAUGGUUUUGCACAAGUCUGAAUUUCUUAUUCUUUCCCAUCUACAUGAUAUCGAGAUUCUGCGCACCUGCAUCGGAAAAGACACCAAUGAGAAAAGAAAUUGAAGACAGCAUACAACCCUACCAUGAUAGAGGUCUCAACCUGACCGGGUUUCUUUGCCGCUGUGGAGUAUUUACCGUGCUGUUGGUCGCUACAAAUUACAUGUUUACUUACUCCCUAACUCUUCUCGACGCUACUGACGUCAUUGCCCUCUAUACGACGAAUGUUGCCUUUGUUUAUCUACUCUCAUGGGUCCUAUUGCAGGAGCAGUUUGUCGGAAUCAGGAUUGUAGCUGUCAUCAUGUGCAACACAGCCAUAGCACUCUUUGCUUACAUGGAUGGAGGGUCUAGAGCAAUGACACUUGGCGGAGUGGUCUUGGCUGCAGCUGCAGCUGCUGGAACUGCUGUCUACAAAGUUGCGUUUAAAAAGGUCAUAGGUGACGUGAGUUUAGGACAAAUGUCGUUUUUCUUCAGUGCUGUGGGAUUAUGCAAUAUCCUCACGAUGUGGCCAGUUGUCUUGACUCUCUAUUUUACCGAUGCAGAAAUAAUACAUUGGAGGGACAUACCAUGGCUCCCUCUAGGAGGAGCAGCUAUAUUUAUUUUUUUGGCCAAUUUAUUGGGAAAUUUUGGAGUGAUGUGGACUUAUGAAGUUUUUCUCACUAUUGGUUACCUAUUUUCAGUUCCUGCUUCGGCUGCUGUGGAUAUGUACUUGUAUUCCGUGGAGUUUCGUGGCAUGAAACUUGCUGGAGUGGUUCUUAGCAUGGUCGGAUUUUGUCUCGUUCUCUUGCCAGAAAACUGGCCUGAUUACCUCUCUGUACUAAUGCGAUGGAGAAACAAAUAUCCAAAUGGAAACACCACUUCACAUCCUGAACCAAGAACCAGCUACACCUCGAGGUUAAGGACACAGAGUGGUAGGGUGAAGUGACCAUCAAAGAUGGCGGACGAUGACAACGAAGUAAACCGAAAACGCGUGCGUUUCGCCGAUGAAGUUGAAGAAUUUAUUUAGUUAAACCUUAACCCUUUGCACUUCGGAAAGUGAUAAGAUGCGCAAUCAUGCAUACGUGAAUGUAAGGAUUUUUUUAAAAGUUUGGAAGCUCAAAAAUAGAAAUAGGUUUAUCAUGAAUCUUAAAAACAAGUUUGGGAAUUUUACUUAUUAUACGAUUUUUUAUAUUAAUCAUUAUCCAACAAGAAUGUGAGAACAAUUUAUCCUCAGAAUGGCGACUAAUAUUCAUAAGUGUAAAGGGUUAAAUACAAAAAGGACGAUAUUUCCUACGAUUGUUAAUGAUUUUAAUAAAGCAAUUUCUUCAUCGACUGAAAUUAAGGUACAGUGAACUAUCUGUUCCAAACUCUUGAAGUAAACUUGCAAUGAAAACGUAUUAUGUCAAGAAAAUGAAUUGACUUGUUUUAAGAUUGUAUUUGCAAGUGCACAAAUGAAUUUGAGAUUUUUGACUGCUUUUUAAAACAAACUUAGUAAAGAAAUCUCAAAAAACAAUUGAACAUGUUAAGAAGUCUCAGAAGAAGCAUACACAUUUGUUUAAUCGUACUGUUUGAAGAAAGAAUAAUAACCAAGAAAUGCAGUAAUGAAUGUGAAUAAAAUUAUUUUUAUAACAAUAUAUUUAAAACCUUAUUAAUAUCUUUAAAGUGUAUAAUAUAUGAUUAUUUUAAUUAUUUUUAUCUAUAUGAUACAUUUCAUGCUCUUAUGUACUACAUCGUUUAUUUAUUUAUUUUUU